AUGGGUUCGCAACAACUCGUAGCGAAUGAAUUACUGGCGUUCGUACAGAAUGCCGUCGACACCAUGGACGAAGUCAGCAUCAGGCAGAUCUGCAAAUCAAGUUUCAGUGAAGACGACAUUUACAGUGGCAAGGCGCUGCUAUUCCAGACGAUCGGCAAAACUGACCAGAUGCCAUCCCGUCGGAGGGAUGGGGGUGUGAAGAGUCUUCAGGACAUAAUUAAAGUGUUCAAGGAGACGAAUCCAGACGACGUGCCUGCCUUCCUUGCGAAGCGGCUAGACCGGUUACCGCCGGUUACCUUCGAUCACGUCGACGUCACCAGGCUGCUGAAGGACAUAACAUUCCUGAAGACGAGUCUGGCAGAGGUGCAGUCUAAGUUAGAGGUCGCAAAUAACACCAUUUGUGAACUUCGUACUGAGGUAGUGACACUCCGUGACACUAUUUCGGUAUGUAGGUCACACGAGGCCACUGACUUAGGCUCGUGUAGUGAUGCGCGUGCAAUUGUGUGCAAUGCUGGGUCAGCAACGGGCGAUAUGACGCCAGUCCCCGCCGCCGACUCGCCCCCCGCACCCCGCACGCCGCGUCUCGUCGUACCGUCAUCUGCUCCAGUUGGUGUAUCAGCGACUCCUGGUCUCGAUUACGCUGCUGCUGCAAAACGAAGAAAAGCACCUUCGAGGGUACCUGAACGUGUUUCUCGUAAUGAGAAGCCACCCCGCGCUGAAAAAGGAUUCAGACAGGCGUCGAAGGAGAGGAAGCCGCGCAAGGCGCCUCGCAAGAGCCAGUGUGGCACUGCGGAGCUAGAUAUUGCUUCUGGCCUGAGAGUUGCCACGCCGAAUACGGCGCUAUAUGUAUCGCGCCUGCACGUUUCCACCACGGUUGACGAUGUGGUGGAAUAUGUUCGCAAGAAGAGCCGUUACGAACUGAAAGUGUUCCAGCUGCGAUCGCGCCAUUACGUGCACUUCAGCUCUUUCGUCGUGCGCGUGGUCCUCAACGGCCGAUGGGGUAGCAGCAGCUGGUGGUGGUGGGGUGGAUCCCGGUUAAUGACCAAGUUGUGGCAGGAAGAGCGGGAGCCGCCGAAGGUGAUCGACAACCCCAACGCGCUUCGAGGUGCAGACCUCUGGACGGAGUACAGCGUCGUGUGGAACAAGACCUCCGGCUGGUUCCUCAUGUCGCAGCCUCGCUGGAUCCACUGGCGGGAGCACUUCCUCCUUGAUCACGUGUCCUGGCCCUACCCCAGGAACAUCAAAUACUUCGACGUGUCGAGUGAUCGCGGCAUCCCUCUGACCUGGAUACUCCACGGUGCGUACACAAAAGUCUUAAACGUUUAA